UAUAGUUCUAUACAUAAACCCUGGCCUAACCAAAUCUUCAACUUCUAGGGUCUAUUCUUUCUUAUCCAGUCCGCGUAUGCAAUUUCAAACACGGAUUUUAGUUCGGAUUCGAAUUCAUACGCGGUAAGUGUUUGAUUGAACUGACGUAAUGGGUAUAUUCUGAGCUGCUGAUGCGAGUAACUGUUGAUAUCUGUCGUCGCGUUGCUAUUUUUUCGGGGGGUGUUCUGGAUUCAUCGUUGAAUCUAGGGUUUGCUGAACUGCAGUAGAGAUUUUGUUGAAAGCUGAGAUUUUUGAGUUGAUUGAUCGGAUUUUGAGUGGUGAAUCGUAAAUGAUUCAGGAAUUUGAAUAUGAGUGAUGGAGGUAGAGUGGAGAGUAGAGGAGAACAAGAGCAAGAGCAUGCACGGAUUAAUCGGGCGGGUUCGAGGGAUUUCGGGAGUGCCAUUUCGAGAGUUGUGGUGGCUCAGAUAUGUGAGAGUGUUGGGUUUGAGGGCUCCACUGAAUCGGCUAUCGAUUCAUUCUCAGAAAUUGCAGUAAGGUACAUUUCUGACCUGGGAAAGAUUGCCACAUUCUAUGCCAAUUUAUCCGGGAGAUCCGAGUGUAGCAUAUUCGAUAUAGUCAGUGGAUUGGAGGAUUUGGGUUCACAAUCAGGGUUCAUGGAGGCAAACAGUUGCAGGUUUAAUUCUGGUGUUAUGAAGGAGAUUGUUGAGUAUGUUGAUCGUUCAGAGGAUAUUCCUUUUGCCCAGCCCAUCUCACGCUUUCCAGUGAUCAAUGUGCCAAAGAUGAUUCCUAGUUUUGAGCGAAUGGGUGAAAAACCAGAGUCUAACCAUAUCCCACCUUGGUUGCCUGCAUUUCCUGACCCUCACACAUAUAUACAUACUGCUACAUGGAACGAGAGGGAAUCCAAUCCACGAGAUGAUAAAAUUGAGCUAGUCAGGCAGCGCAGGAAGGCAGAGAUGUCUCUCUUGAAUUUGCAGCAGCGGCUGUUAUGCUAUGGAUUGCCAGCUGCUUCAAGUUCACAGAAACCAAGGUCUACAGGUGAAAAUGAUGAGAGUGAAAACCCAUUCCUUGCGAAGACAUUACAAGCUGAGGAGAAAGAUGUGUCUUCUAUUGCCCUUCCUGCCAAAUUCUCCACCAUCGGCCGUGGCUCUUUACUGGAGACGUUUUCUCCAGCAAUUGAAGCAAUGAAAGAUGGGAUUUCAGAGAGUGAAAUUGGAAGUGAUAGAAAGAAUGGUACAGACAAAAGACGACCUGCUGUUUGUUUGGAGUUCAAACCUGGUAAGAAGGUUUUAGGCGAUUCGUUGGACUUGAGGCUUUGGAACAAGGGCUCUGCGAGAGCAGGAGCAUCAUGGUUCAGGAGAGAUGAUGAUAAUAACAUCAAAGACGAUAAGAAGAGGAGAGCAGAGUUGAUUCUUAGACAAGCCAUGGAAAACCAGCAGGAGCUGACACAGUUGUAAAUUAGUUCCAUGAAAUUGUUUGUGAUACAAGUGUAGGUUAGCUGAUUAUAAUCAAGAUUAAAGUGUUGUAACUAUGCUGUGCAUUUCAGGAGAGUUCAUGUAGAAGAGGCCAACUCAUAUUUCCAGGCAUUUUUCCGAGGUUAGUUCAUUGUUUUCUUUAGGAUAUGGUUUUUAACUCAAGAAAGAAAAGAUCCCAAAAAAAAAUUGUGUGAAUAAAAUCUAGUCCUGAUGAGAUUCUUGUUGGUACUUGGUAGAGGCUGUGUUUUUUUUCAGAGUUGAAUUGAAGGAUAAUGU